GUUAAAAUAAUAAUUUAAUUAUUAAAAAAUAAUUUAAAAAUAUAGUCAAAUACGUAAUUACUAAUAUCUAACAAGUUAACAUUUGAUUACCCAAAGUUUUCGAUAAUCUUGAAAAUCUGACAGAUUCUGAUUUUGAGAAGUAGUCCAACAAUUUGUAUAAUGUCUGAUGAAAACCAAAUUAACAAUACACCUGUCGAAGUACCUAGUUUAAAACGUCGACCUGAAGAAAAUGCUAGCGACGAAGAAUGGAUUGGACCAAUGCCAUGUGAAUCUGCUAAGCCCAAAAAGAAAAAGUUUCUUCCCUAUGAAAAAAUUUAUUUAGAAAAUCUUCCCAAUGCUGAAAGCUAUGAAAAGAGUUACAUGCAUCGAGACGUAAUAUCGCAUCUUGUUUCAACAAAAACCGAUUUCAUCAUUACUGGAAGUGUUGAUGGACAUAUUAAAUUCUGGAAGAAAGUCGAAGAAGGAAUAGAGUUUGUUAAACAUUUUCGAAGUCAUCUCAUGCCCAUUAUUUCAUUGGCCACAAACAGCAAUGGAACUCUAUUGUCCUCUGCAUCAGCCGACAAGUGUGUUAAAGUUUUCGACGUUGUUAACUUUGACAUGAUUAGCAUAAUAAAGCUUGAAUUCACGCCUUUGUGCACAGAAUGGAUUCAUUCUCCAGGAGAUGCAAUAAACAGUCUUGCUGUAUCUGAUAAAGACUCUAACAAAAUUUACAUUUAUGACGGACAUGGAAACGGAGAAGCUUUGCAUGUAUUAGACAAGUUACAUUUGGCUCCGGUAGUUUCUAUUUGUUAUAACUGUGUGUACUCAACAGUUAUUUCUAUAGAUAAAAAUGGAAUCCUAGAAUAUUGGAUGAAUUCUAAAUAUGAUUACAAAUUUCCUUCGAAAUUAGUGUCUUUCGAAUCCAAAUUGGAUACAGGACUCUAUGAAUUCUCAAAGAACAAGACGCGUGUUACAGGCUUAGCCGUUUCCAAAGAUGGAAAACGAUUUGCUGCUAUUUCCACUGAUAGAAAAGUACGAGUGUUUAAAUUCAUUUCGGGAAAACUCAUCAGAGUUUUCGAUGAAGCUCUUGCUCGUUUCCAAGAAAUUCAAAAAACAUCAAAUGCUCUUCCAAAUAUGGAAUUCGGCCGAAGAAUGGCUACAGAACGUGAUUUAGAAAAGUCCGAUCACUUUACAAAUAGUAACAUUAUCUUUGAUUACAGUGGAAAUUUUAUUAUGUACCCAACAAUGCUUGGAAUAAAAUUGGUUAAUAUUGAAACUAAUCGAUGUGUAACAAUUAUGGGGAAAACAGAUAACAUAAGGCCUCUUAAUAUUGCAUUGUUUCAGGGGAAAGCUAGAAAAGCAAAAGCAGCCAUAACUAUAGAGCAAGAAGCCAGUGAUAAUCCAACGCUUCAGUCAUUAGCAAAUGAUCCGACUUUAUUUUGUACAGCUUACAAAAAACCAAGAUUCUACCUCUAUAGUAGACGCCUUCCAUCUGAUCUUCAAGACGUUGAUCGUGAUAUUUUCAACGAAAAACCAUCCAAAGAAGACAUUAUUGCAGUUCCUGAGGGUCAAGGUAGCCAAAGGGUAUAUGAUAAUGCCAUUCUUCAUACAACUAUGGGUGAUAUUCAUAUAAAACUUUUCCACAAGGAAUGUCCGAAAUCAGUUGAAAAUUUCUGUGUUCAUAGUAAAAACGGAUAUUACAACGGACAUAUUUUCCACCGAGUAAUAAAAGGUUUCAUGAUUCAGACUGGAGAUCCAACGGGAACAGGAACUGGGGGCCAGUCGAUAUGGGGCCAUGAUUUCAAAGAUGAAUUUGUUUCAAGUCUUAAACAUGAUCGGCCGUAUACCGUGAGCAUGGCAAACGCUGGACCAAAUUCAAAUGGCAGUCAAUUCUUUAUAACAGUUCUGCCAACACCCUGGUUGGAUAAUAAGCAUACAGUGUUCGGCCGUGUCUUUCGAGGGAUGGAAGUUGUUCAAAACAUAUGCAAUUCAAAAACAAAUCCCAAAACAGAUAAACCUUAUGACGAUAUAAAAAUUAUUUCAAUGUAUCUAAGUAAUUAAAUGUACAUUUUUUAUAGAACAAUGAACAAA